CACUCCGUGUGUGAUCAGCUCAGUGCUGCCGACUGUGUUGGACUCGGGAGCGUCUGUCCGACCUGACGCACUCUUGUACCAAAGCGCAGCUGUCACCAUUACUUCAUGCUUAUUGGCCCAAUACCGAGAGAGGCAGAGGCUGAGCAAAGGCAAACAAGGGGAGAGAGAAAGAGCCGGACCCCUGCGCUCUGCUCCAUCGAUCUGCAGAGGUGCACCGAGGAUCCUCUGUCGGACGCUGGUGACGGAUUUCUGAGUUUUUGGAUUUUCUGGAAUGCCAAAGGUGGAUCCUGUGUUUGGAACAUGAUGCUGCUGGGAAAUUUGAUUGUGUUGGUGUUCUGUCUUUGGGGAACGGAUGUCAGUAGAGCUCACAUAUUUGAAGCCACACGACCUGGAGAUGGAGACAACAUAUCGCCUGUCACUAAACUUGUAUCAGAGUGGGUCAGCACAGCAGGAUCCUGUAAAGGGAGGUGCUUUGAGUUGGAGGUGGCAGAUCCUCCGGGAUGCAGAUGUGACAAUCUGUGUAAAACUUACCUCAGCUGCUGCUCAGACUUCGAUGCUCAUUGCCUUAAAACAGCGGGGGGGUUUGAGUGUACAUCUGAUCGCUGUGGGGAGGAGAGGAAUGAAGACCAUGCCUGCCACUGUUCUGAUGAUUGCUUAGAAAAAGGAGACUGCUGUUCUAAUUACAAAUCCACAUGCCAAGAUGAGACUUCAUGGUUGGAGGACAGCUGCGAAGAGAUCAAGCGUCCUGAAUGUCCUGCAGGUUUUGUCCGUCCUCCUCUCAUCAUGCUGUCUGUUGAUGGGUUCAGAGCCUCCUACCUGAAGAAGAGCAAAUUUAUCAUCCCUAACUUACAUAAACUCAGAUCAUGUGGUGUGUCGCCUCCAUACAUGCGACCCGUCUAUCCAUCAAAGACAUUUCCAAAUUUAUACACCCUAGCCACAGGUCUGUACCCAGAGUCCCAUGGAAUUGUGGGAAACACCAUGCAUGACCCAGUGUUCAAUGCCACCUUCAGCCUACGCACAAGAGAAAAAUUAAACCAUCGCUGGUGGGGCGGACAGCCAAUCUGGAUUACAGCAGAGAAACAAGGAGUGAAAGCAGGGACUUUCUUCUGGCCAUGGGUGAUUCCUCUUGAAAGAAGGAUUUUGACGAUUCUCCGUUGGCUGACACUUUCAGAUGAAGUGAGGCCCUAUGUUUAUGCAGUCCACUCAGAGCAGCCAGAUACCUUUGGCCAUCGCCUUGGACCACUCAGCAGUGAGCUGGACAACCCUUUGAGGGAAAUUGACAACAUCAUUGGUCAGCUAAUGAAUGGACUGAAGCAGAUGAAUCUGCACCGAUGUGUCAAUGUCAUCAUUGUAGGCGAUCACGGUAUGGAAGAGGCCCACUGUGACAGGACAGAGUUUCUCAGCAACUAUCCCCUAAAUCUCGAUGAUAUCAUGCUCAUCCCUGGCUCCAUUGGUAGAAUUCGCCCCCGUGAUCCUAAAUCCACCACAUAUGACCCAAAGGUUGUGGUUGGAAACCUUACUUGUAAAAUGCCUACUCAGCACUUUAGACCAUACCUGAAGCACCAUUUACCCAAGAGGCUUCACUACGCCAACAACCGCAGGAUCGAGGAUGUCCAGCUUUUGAUGGAGAGGAAAUGGCACAUUGCUAAGAAACUGCCAGAAAAACCAAGAUCUCGGUGCGGUUUCUUUGGUGACCAUGGAUUUGACAACAAGAUAACAAGCAUGAGGACAAUCUUUAUUGGCCAUGGACCAAGUUUCAAAUUCCAGAAACGUGUGCCAGAGUUUGACAAUAUAGAGCUAUACAACGUCAUGUGUGACUUGUUGGGGUUGAAGCCAGCUCCUAACAAUGGAACACAUGGUAGCCUAAAUGACAUGCUGAAGAAUCCGCCAUUCCUGCCCACCAUGCCAGAGGAAGUCACACCUCCAUCGCCGGCGUCUGACUCCAACCACGCAAUGAUUCAAGAUCUGGGGUGCAGCUGUGAGGAUGAGAACAAGGUGGAGGAGAUGAUUGAAACCUUUACCCCUGCACCAGAUGGUGCCUACGGUUACAACACCACCCAUCUUCCAUUUGGUCGCCCAGCAGUGAUGUUCAAUACACAAUACAGUCUGCUUCAUCAUGUGGAAUUUAUCAGUGGAUACAGCAAAGAGCUGGCCAUGCCACUCUGGACAGCAUACACACUACCCCGACAGGAGGUUUUGACUCCCACACCGGACGUUUCUCCUUCUGUUAACUGUAUCCGAGUUGACCCAAGAGUUUCUUCAGUUCACAGUCAGAGCUGCACAACCUACAAACAGAACAACCACCUCACGUUUGGCUUCCUCUUUCCUCCAGAACUGGCAACGUCUCCAGAGUCAAGAUAUGAUUCUUCGCUCAUCACCAACACUGUUCCCAUGUACCCCGCUUUCAAGAGGAUAUGGAGCUACCUCCAGGGGACGCUGCUGAGGCGAUACAGUGAAGAAAACAAUGGUAUUAAUGUUCUUUCUGGGCCUAUCUUCGACCAUAACUACGAUGGCCUUCGAGACACCACGGCGCAGAUUAAAGAAUCUUCAGCGAACUCACCCCUCAUUCCUACCCAUUUCUACACGAUUGUGACGAGCUGCCAGGAGAUGAACCAGACGGUAGAUGAGUGUGAUGGAGCUCUCACGGUGUUUUCCUUCAUCCUUCCUCACAGGCCAGACAACAGCGAGACCUGCAAUAGUCCUGAGGAUGAGUCCCAGUGGGUUGAAGACCUGUUGAAGCACCACACAGCCCGGGUUCGAGAUGUGGAGAUCUUGACUGGCCUGGACCUGUACAGAUCCACUAACCUCACCUACAUCAGCACCUUGAGCCUCAAGACCUACUUGAACACCUUUGAGAGUGAUGACUAGACAGACAGAUUAAGAUGCAGUUGCACAGGAUGUCAUAAAAGCCAUGUAAUAUGUCUGCAUGCUUGCUGGAAAUUUUAUACAUACAUUUUGCUCCAAAGGACCCAUUUAGGAGGAGUUUUCACAGGGAAAUACAUUUCUGAAAAUUAAAACAAUGUUAAAGAACUUUAGUGGAAUUUUUGAAUACCAUUGAAAAAAUCAGGGAAGCAGCUCGAGCAGAGAUGCAGAUUUUAUUAAUAUAGGUAUAUUCUCUUGCAUACAUAAAGCACUAUAACAGUGUAGCUCUAUAAGUAUAAAUAAUUUUUACCUGAAAUCUCCAGUGAAUCCCAAUUGCAUGCAGUCAAAUAUUAGAAAAUAUUUAAUAGUUUUUGUUUUAAAAUCUGUAGAUCAUAGCAAGUUUAAUGUAAGAAUUAACUUGACAUAAGAAACUGGAAAAUGAAAUAAAAAAUAUGUAUAUGAAAUUCUGAAGGUGAGUUUUAGUGUUUGCAGAUCCAAGCUAAACCAAACAUGCAAAAUUAAAUGAAAUCUUUAUAAAUAUGAUGAAUUUCUUUUUGGAGUUCGUAGCUUAAAAUUGUGUGUCAUAUCACUUUGAAAAUUAUUCACUGUUCUCUAACGUCAUGAAAUCUGAAGCUAAAGGUAGCAAUAUCUGAGCAAAAAUAAGCUAAGCUAAGCAGCAGAAUAGAUGUUAUCAAAUAUGCAUUUUGUAUGGUAAAUAUGGAGUUGUAGACAAUACAUGUUAAUUAUUGAAAACAGUGAGACAUGUCUAACCCUGUGAUCUGUGUAUGAUUAAACACUUCUCAAGUCUUUGUGUUAACCAAAGCUAGUGACCUCUUGUAAAAAUACUAUUCAAUUAAUAUUUGCAUUAAAAAAACAAUGGCCACCUCGUUUAUAAUGCUUAAGGAAUGCUAGAAGUUCAUACACAUAAUUCAAAAAGUGGCUCAUCUCAUAGUAUAGCCUGGUGACUAACUGUUUGCAGGUUUCAGUAUUGACUCAUGUUUUACUUUGUUUUUAACUUGCAUAAAUAUAGUUAAAUUUUGGCUCCAUCAUAUAUACAAAAUAAACCAAAAUAUCAUCAAAAUAUCCCUUACUGUACAUACUUAACAUGUCUAGCUUUGGGUUGGAAAAGAACUCUGAUAAUAGAAAAGAUGUUGCAUUUGUGGAUCUAUUUUCUUGUUUGGGAUGCAAAAUUAUUUCUUUUUGCAUAUUUGAAUAUAAUAACAUACUCUAACAACACUAUUUGUGACCAAAUGUUUUUUUUUUUACAGUCCACUGUUAAAAGAAAAACACUAUUGUGUUAAUUUCAUUGUCACCAAAAUGUUCUUCCCCAGUUCUGUCGUAUUCAAUCUUUUUUUUUUUUUCUAAAAUAGUUUAUCUUUAAGUUUUUUGCACUAUGACAAUAAUAGCCAGCGGGUGAAAUGUAACUAAUUCAAUGGAACAAUGCAACUCCAUUUAGCUUUAGAACAGAUAGAAAUAAAAUAUUUUUUUUCGUCCCCAAAAAAAAAAAGAAAUUACUGCUUAUGUUAUGUUUUUGCUGGGAUUUAAAAAAAAUACAUUGGAUUAGAACUCCACACAACAAAAUCAAUCAUCACUUCAGUCAAAUUUGUGAUUAUAGUUCUAUUUUUCAAAUUCUUUUGUGUGCACGUUUCUCUAUAAAGCAUCUUAAACAUCAUCCACAUCAGUGUAAAACAUCAAUUUUUUCUUGGUCAGGAUGAAGAAUCCAUAAAUACUAGACCACAAAUAACUCAAACUCAGAUGUUAGGUUGUGAAGCAUCAGGCAACUUUUAAAAAACUUUAGGAUAACCAAUGUUUGACUGUUGUUUAAACAGAGGUUUAGCAGUGACUUGCAGAGUUCAAAUUCUUACUGUCUGAGAAUAAGAACUGCUUAGUCUUUGACCCAAGCGGUAAAAGAUUUUAAAUAUCAAAGCACUUGUCUGAUGUUGUAUUUGUUGCCAGUUGCCAGCAUUCAUUCUCGUAACUCUGUACAGAUAGAGUCCCAAAUUGUUCUUUUGCAUUUAUUUCAUUUAUUUUCAUAGUAUUGUAUUCAUGAGUUAAUGUUCCUAACAUACAUGAUUAGUAGAAGAGAAAUACAUGACUUUUACUUUUGAGAACUUGUCAAGAUGUAGACAGACCAAUUUUUAGUUCUCUAGUCCUUUAAAUAAAAGCCAUGUAGGUUAUAAAAAAUAUUGUAGUGAGUGGAACUUUGUUUGUUUUAAACUAUGGUCAAUUUAUAACUCAAAAUGACUUUACAAUGAAGAGCUUCUUUGUCGUUAUGGUACAUAAGGAUUAUAUUGAUAAAACAAUCCCAUUUAUUUUCUGUGUGCACUUUCUCAUUGUUGGCACUUUUGACAGUUUACAGGGAUUAACUCUGAUAAUUUGUAGCUUUCAGUAAAAUUGGAAGAAUAAGAUUGCCUUGCUGUAAAUAGGUGGAUUGCCAGAAACAUUAGAAAUCCAUUCCCGUAAGGUCUUUGUUUAUUGUCAAUUUCUCUGAAGAACAUUCCUUAAAGUUUCUGUUUGUGUACUGUAACUAAAGCCCUGCAUCAUU